AUGAGGAAUCAGCGACAAGUUGAUGAAAAUGGCGAGCUCAAACAUCAGACCUUUCCGUCAUCUACCAUUUCAGGCCCGAACGGUAACGAUCAGAAUACGGAAGAACGCAAAGUUACGAAGAGCCGGAUGGAUGACAUUCUGAAUCCGCAAGCCGUCUCACUUCGGAGUCAGACAGUGCCUCUCUGGGAUAGCUCAAAUGCCCUUGGAGACAUUUGCAUCACACUUGCAGCGUUGCUUGUGUGGAAAGUUCCUGUGGCGUCCAUACAAUACAUCGACCCAUCACUAGCUAUGUGCAUUGCCCUGCUGAGCAUGUAUUUUACCUAUCGACUCAUGCUGGUGGCUUCCACCAUCCUCCUCUAG